AUGCUGAACCAGAUCAGUGAAUCUUCAGCGCUGCCGAUGGUGCUCCACGUCGACAACCAAGCGGCAUUAAACCAGAUGGCCAGCAAGGAGUCAUCGCUCAAGGCCAAGGUCGACUUCCGCCCAAAGUUCUUGUGCGACUACGCGUGA